UACCGCGAGGCGCGCAUCGCGGAGCUCACGGAGGCGUCGAAGGCGGACCGCUUCGGGUCCGUCUUCGAGAUCGAGAAGGCGGACUGGACGCGCGAGGUCAACGAGGUCUCGAACGCGUGCUGGGUCUUCGUCCACCUCUACCAGGACUACGUCGCCGACUCCGCGGCGCUCAACGUCUGCCUCGAGUCGCUGGCGAAGACCUACCCGCACGUCAAGUUCGUCAAGAUCCGCGCGACGUCCGCCGUCGAGAAGUGGCCCGACUCGAACCUGCCCGCCGUCUACCUCUACCACGAAGGCGAGAUGCAGCACCAGCUCAUCGGC